AUGCAAUACUGGGUAGAGCCUUCCUUUAACAGUGCAUACCAGAAAUGGUGUGCUUCACGUGCCAUCAAGCCUGAUAUCAUCAAUAUCUCCUCGCAGACGUAUGGCUAUUGGCUUGGCAGUUCGUCCUCCAAAGCGGUCCUGGUUUUUUUCCAUGGUAUGCUUCCCGAACACAUCGAGCCAGCUAGAUUGCAACUUACAUCUACAGGCGGUGGAUUCGCGUUUCCGGCCAAUAGUGGCCAUCUCAGCUUUCUGAGUUCAAUCAAAGACUCUAUGGAGGCGCAAGGCUUGUCAUUGUCUGUUCUGAUCGUUGAUUACCCAUUGACGCCUCUGACCACUUUUCCUACUCAAUUCCAAGAAGCGGUCAAUGCGGUCAGAUAUGUUCUGGAGACCUGUGGCUUUGAGCCAUCCCAAAUCAUUAUUGGAGGGGACUCUGCGGGAGGUAAUCUUGCUGCAGCGGUAGUUCUUCAUUGUGUUCAGCCUUCAGAUCUCGUUGCUCCCCUUGCUGCUGUGUCAUCGGCAAGCAGAUUCAGGGGCCUUGUGCUACUUUCUCCCUGGGUUUCCUUCGAUGUCACCUUGCAGAGCUUCACAAAACCCCCGGGUAAGGACUACAUUCAGGCUGCAUCAGAGAAAGCCUGGAGCGACAGCUAUCUCAACGAGAGUGGGCCUUGUAUUUAUAGCGAGCCUGGUCUCGCAUCUGCCACGCAAUGGAAAGAUAUUCCUGUGCAAGACAUUCUGGUCACAGCCGGCGCUGACGAACUUCUCCUCGACGGCAUCACGAAGUGGGUGGAUGAUAUUAAGGUGCUCAGCUCUCAUUCAUCGCUUAACAUUGUUGCCUAA